AUGGAUUCUGGAAAUCAUGAAGUUGUCGAUCUUAGUUCAGACGAUGAAGUCGAUACAAAGGUAGAUAGAGACUACUUCGAUUGGUUAAACGAAGUUAUGGAAGCCGUCGAGGAGAAAUCUGAGAGUACCGAUGUAGUCGAGAUAGCAUGUAGAGAUUUCCCUCAUCCUCGACAUUCAUGCGCUAAGUACGCAUUCAAUACAACUUCACAUGACAAGUAUUGCGACAUGUGUCACUGUUAUGUGUGUGACAUCCCUGCUCCAUGUCCAUACUGGUGUAUCGGGAUCUCCAGCGUAAAUCAUUGUCAUGCUAAUGAUAAAGAGAAGAUAUGGAAGAAUCAACGCGAAUAUUUCAGGACCGGAAAUAUGCCCACAACCCCACCAUCUUCAAAACCUACUAUGCCCCUUCCAGCUUCUGUGACAGUGACCCACCAGUUUUCACGGUCUACUACUCAAAGUAUCGUAAGGUUAUCCCAAAACUCUUUGACACGGAACCAAGUUGGUAUCCGGCCUUGCUCAUCAUCUGGCCGUGUUGCUAAUCACUCAAACGUCAGAGCCAGGUCUAGUAGAGUCAAGCAAUCGAUUUCACUCAGUCACAAUCAUGGGUUGCAGAAUCGACAGGUGCAGUCAUUGAGCAGUGUUCGAAACAAUGUCAUCCAAAAGGAUAGAAGUUCUUAUAUGGGUAACCUAAGGCCCCGAGUGGCCUCUUCAGGAGCUCGGCAUGGUGCGACACAUGGUAACAACAUCAAGGUGGGUCUAUAUGCCAAUGCUCAAGUUUCACAAUCCACUCACCAUAGCUCUUCCAUUGUGGCACCGAUGAUAAACCCGGCAAUGUUCACUCAGCAACAGCCCAAUGUUACUGAUCAUUGCUCAGCGGUGACGGGGUCUCAGAGCAAUGUGUACACUAGACAUUCAGGCCAUAACAAAAGCAGCAGUGGAAAUCGCCAGUUUCAGGCAAAUGCAGGUCUGCUUACUCCAUCUGAAACUCCUCUUACCUCUGCGAAUUCGCAAGCGCACACGGUUCAACAACAACCGGGAACUAAUGAAAACGUCUUGCAGACCAAACUGGUGGAAUUUGAGAGCUGGCUCAUGGACAGCUCUAACCAUAUCGGCCCUGUUUGCCCGUUGCCUGAACCAGUAAGUCAAGACUAUGUUAGUUCCAUGACAUUCGAUUUCGAAACCUUCUUGAAUGAUUGA